AGUACGAAAAUGAUGACCUCUGGUGAGCAACCUUGUUAUUCGCUAAUUAACGUGCCUAAUGAUGUUGAAUUUCCUUCCGAGGCACAAUUGAAAGAUAAAUUUGAACAUGCGAAGACUGAGGCUUUGAAAAAAUUAAUUUUAAUGAUUCAAUCUGGGGAAAAGAUAAGUCAAAGUUUGAUGAUGUAUGUUAUUCGUUUUUGCCUACCAUCAACCGAUCAUUUUCUUAAAAAGCUUUUGCUUCAUUUUUGGGAAGUAUUGCCAAAGACAAACCAAGACGGAAAAUUAUUGCAAGAAAUGAUUCUCGUCUGUGAUGCUUAUCGUAAAGAUUUUUUCCUUUGUAAAUUGCGAGAACCUGAACUUUUGGAGCCUUUAAUGCCUUCUAUUCUCAAAUGCCUUGAACAUAAACAUUCUUAUGUUCGUAGAAAUGCUAUUCUGGCUUUAUUUACAAUCUACAAAAAUUUUGAAUUCCUUGUUCCUAAUGCGCCUGAAGUGAUUUCUCAGCUUUUGGAAUCUGAGCAGGAUGCUUCUUGCAAACGAAAUGCAUUUAUAAUGCUUCUUCAUGUUGAUCAACAACGCGCGCUUGACUAUUUGUCAGUUUGUAUUGAUCAAGUCCAACACUUUGGUGAUAUUCUUCAACUUGUUAUUGUCGAGUUAAUUUAUAAGGUUUGUCAUAAUGAUCCAGCUGAGAGGAACCGCUUCAUUCGUUGUGUUUACAAUUUGCUUCAAUCCCAGUCUCCAUCUGUUCGUUAUGAGGCUGCUGGGACUUUGGUUACAUUAAGUUCUGCACCAGCUGCCAUCAAAGCGGCGGCUACAACUUAUAUAGAUUUAAUUGUAAAAGAAUCUGACAACAAUGUUAAACUAAUUGUCCUUGACCGGUUAGUUGGCCUUCGUGAAGUAUUACCAAAUGACAAAGUUCUCCAAGAAUUAGUUAUGGACAUUCUUCGUGUGCUUUCUACGACAGAUUAUGAAGUUCGACGAAAAAUUUUGCAACUUGCUUUGGAGUUAGUUUCAUCACGUAACGUUAAUGAGAUGGUUAUGUUUAUGAAAAAAGAAAUUGAUAAGACAAAUAAUGAUCAAUUGGAAGAUACUGGUCGUUAUAGGCAAUUGCUUGUCCGAACUCUUCACAGUGCUACAAUUAAAUUUCCUGAUGUUGCACAACAAAUCUUUCCUGUACUUGUGGAAUUUCUUUCAGAUCAAUCUGAAGCAGCAGCAAUGGAUGUUCUUUUGUUUAUUCGAGAGGCAAUACAGCGAUUACCACAUUUACGACAACAUAUUCUUCAGUUACUCUUGGAUGUGUUUCCAUCAAUUCGAAAUGCUAAUAUCUUCCGCUCUACUCUUUGGAUUUUGGGUGAAUAUAGUGAUCAAUCUGAAACGAUAUCAAAGGUCUUUGAAUUAGUCCAAGAAUCAUUAGGGGAGAUUCUAAUUGAUGGCACAGGUACCUCAGAACUCGAAUUAGACAAUGACAAGCAAAAAACGAGUGCUACUAAACAGAUGGGUGAAAAUAAGCCUCGCCAAUUAAUUACUGCUGAUGGAACUUAUGCAACUCAAACAGCAAUGUUUUCGACUACGACUCAAAAUGUUGGUGACAACGAUAAGCCAGCCUUUAAAAAACUGUUACUAGAUGGAAAUUUCUUUAUUGCUUCAGCUGUGGCUAACGAUUUGGCCAAAUUAGUACUUCGUUAUUCAGAAUUGAACAAAGGAGUGCCUACAACCGUUAACAAAAUUGCUGGCCAGGCGCUUUUAUUAACUGCUAACAUAAUUCAUUUGGGCAAGUCUGGCCAAUGCAAGCAACAAAUCACAGAAGACGAUCUUGAUCGUUUAUCAACAACUAUUCGACUAAUAGUGGAACAAUGGCCCGAGGCUGUCAAUGGCUUCCUCGAGGAAUGUCGGUUCUCAUUAGAGCAAAUGCUACAGGCGAAGGGAGAUGUUGAUCGCCACGAGAAUGCUGAAAUGAAAAAUGCUAAAAAGAAAGUGAUUCAGCCUGACAAAACAAUUAUGUUUACUCAAUUAUCUACACGUGUUUCUGAAGGCGUGACUGGAACAAACCUUUUUGAUUUGUCUUUAUCUCAAGCACUGGGAACGGCACCGAAACCCACUAAAUUUGAUUUUGCUACCUCAAAACUUGGUAAAGUCAUCCAGCUUGCUGGCUUCUCAGAUCCAGUUUAUGCGGAGGCUUAUGUCAAUGUUAAUCAAUAUGAUAUCGUUCUAGACGUGCUAAUAGUGAAUCAGACUGCCGACACGCUUCAAAAUUUAUCAUUAGAGCUUUCCACUGUUGGAGAUCUUAAACUUGUUGACAAACCGUCGCCAGUAACGUUAGCACCACAUGACUUUACUAAUAUAAAGGCAACUGUAAAAGUAUCUUCAACUGAAAACGGUGUCAUUUUCUCAACAAUUGCUUAUGAUGUGCGCGGCUCAACAUCAGAUAGAAAUUGUGUUUAUUUAGAAGAUAUCCACAUUGACAUUAUGGAUUACAUCGUGCCAGGGACUUGCACUGACACCGAGUUUAGAAAGAUGUGGGCCGAUUUUGAAUGGGAAAAUAAAGGUGAUUGUGGUUUCCUUGCCGCCAAUUUCUGUGCUCAUUCAAUUUUUGGAGAAGACGCGUUGGCGAAUGUAAGCAUUGAGAAAUCUGACCCAUUAGAUACUAAUAGUCCAAUCAUUGGACAUAUUCGCAUACGAGCAAAAUCGCAAGGAAUGGCGCUUUCACUUGGAGACAAGAUAAAUCACGCCCAGAAGGAGCGAAAACCAGUGGAGCGCUCAAAGGCCGUUUCUUCAGCCUGA